CCAGCACCGGGGCGCCCCCCACCUUCCCAGCCCCCAGCCUGCCCAGUCCAGGGGAGCCACCGGCCUGGGGUUCGGUCCCGGGGGGAGGGGAAUUUUGGGGGUACCGGGCGGGGGAGUCGCGAGCUAGAGGGGAGGGGGCCGCGGGUUUUCAUGUGCCCAGCAUGAGCUCCUACUUCGUCAACCCCCUGUUCUCCAAAUACAAAGGCGGUGAGUCCCUGGAACCGGCCUAUUACGACUGCCGGUUCCCCCAGAGCGUGGGCCGGAGCCAUGCUCUGGUGUACGGGCCCGGCGGCUCCGCGCCCGGCUUCCAGCACGCCUCGCACCACGUCCAAGACUUCUUCCACCACGGCACCUCGGGCAUCUCCAACUCGGGCUACCAGCAGAACCCGUGCUCGCUGAGCUGCCACGGAGACGCCUCCAAAUUCUAUGGCUACGAGGCGCUCCCCAGACAGUCCCUUUAUGGGGCUCAGCAAGAGGCGAGCGUGGUGCAAUAUCCCGACUGUAAAUCCUCCGCCAACACUAACAGUAGCGAAGGACAAGGCCACUUAAAUCAAAACUCGUCUCCCAGCCUCAUGUUUCCAUGGAUGAGACCCCACGCUCCGGGGCGGCGCAGCGGACGGCAAACUUACAGCCGGUAUCAGACCUUGGAACUAGAAAAGGAGUUUCUCUUUAAUCCUUAUUUGACACGAAAGCGCCGGAUUGAAGUCUCUCAUGCCCUGGGACUGACCGAAAGACAAGUGAAGAUCUGGUUCCAGAACCGAAGGAUGAAGUGGAAAAAGGAGAAUAACAAGGAUAAACUUCCUGGAGCCCGAGAUGAGGAGAAAGCAGAGGAAGAAGGAAAUGAGGAAGAGGAGAAAGAAGAGGAGGAAAAGGAAGAAAACAAGGACUAAAGAAAAAAAAAGAGAAAGAGAGAGAUUUUUCUCCCUUUUAGCAACUCCCUUGAAGUUUCGUUUUAUGGUAGCGGAUAAAUUGAGAAGUUUACGACUGUCAUUUGCUUUUAUAGAGAAUAGAAUGACACUCACAACUCUAACUACCUGUCAGAUACUUGCAGCUCUGGUUUUAUUACCUUUGGACUUCCCCCGCUCUUUAUUUUUCUGGGGCCUGGAAAGGGGGAGACGGAGACACAGCAAAAAGGAAAAGUUCAGACUGUCUCAGUCUUUGCCCCCAACACACACACUACCCCCACCCUUGCAAGUCCUUGCUAAAUUUUAAGGUCUGAGACCUGGCCUCCUGGGCCCCCUCUCUCAUUCUCUUCUUGCCAUACUCCCACCUCCCUCUUUCUCUAUUUAUUUUAGAGGGGAGUCCCCUACAAAUGUGGAAGAGCCCUAGUGAAUUUGUUUUUAUGCUUGGAUUAGGCUAUUAAGUUUACUUUUCAAAAAAGUAUGGGGAAGGGAGGAGAAGAAAGGAAAUAUUUUUAAAAAAAUAAGGAAAUUACAGUAAGGAAUAUCUUCCCCCUACACUCACUCUCUCUC